AGAGCGCAGCGCAAUCGCCGUCUAGUUGAAAGGGAGCUUAGCUGUGCGCACGUCGGUCGCGGUCUUGAAAUAACAUGUAAUUGUGCGCCUUUGUUGGUCUAACGAGAAAAUGACACGGUCCGACUAUUGCCGAUCUGUGACGCAUGGUUUAAAUACAGGGCAGCUGCCCUGCCACUAAUGUCUCCAUCCUUGCACGGAGGAAACGUCAGCAAAGUGACAAAACGUCGUCGUAAUUUGUGGCAAUUUUUGUGUUUGUGGCAGUAGCGAUGGAGGAAAAGACGCAGACCGUAGUACAGGCAGAAGACGACGACGAUACCAUGGCAGAGGACGAGCAGCAACCCAAGAGCUUCCGUAACCGCAUCGCUUCCGACUCAGCCGUGGAGUACCAGUUCACAAACGGUUACCAUGGUCGCCGGCGGAGCCUGAUUGACGACGCACGCGCAGAGAAGGAGCUUUGCCGUGUUACAGGGCGGCGCCUGUCUAGUGCAUGGCGGCAGCUGAGUCUGUCUGAAGAUGACGAGGACCUGGAGGUGCUGGACCAUGCUGAGGACAACAACGUCCCCGUGAAGGCCACCAUCGUCUUCUCUCCGAACGACGGGUUCGAUAGACUGCCCGCCAUUUUGGACGCGUUCAAGAGAUAUCACGUGAAAAUCCACCACAUCGAGUCCCGCCCUUCCCAAGAUGGCGGCGGUGACGUCAGUGUCCUGGUGAGGUGCGAGCGUGACGAGCGCAAAGGGAACAUCCCCGGACUGGUCAUCUCGCUCAAGGGGAGGGUCAAGAGCCUGCAACUCUUCAACGAGAAUGGAGAAGACGUGGAUGGUCCGUGGUUUCCCAAGGUGAUCGCAGACCUGGACAAGUGCCAUCAUCUGGUCACCAAGUUCGAACCCGAACUGGACGCAGACCAUCCGGGUUUCUCAGAUAAAGUCUACCGAGCGCGCAGAAAGAAAAUAGCGGAUGCCGCCUUCGAAUACAGGCAUGGCCAACCCCUACCGGUGAUAGAGUACACGGAAGAGGAAACGGAAACUUGGGGAAUCGUGUACAACUCCCUCACAUCGCUGUACCAGACCCAUUCCUGCAAAGAGCACAUCGAAGGCCUCAAACUGCUGGAGAAGCACUGCGGAUACAGUGCAGAUGAAGUUCCUCAGCUGGAGGCGGUGUCCAACUUCCUGAAAGAGAGAACAGGUUGGCAGCUCCGUCCCGUAGCAGGUCUCGUGUCGGCUCGAGACUUCCUGGCGAGUCUGGCGUUCCGCGUGUUUCAGUGUACCCAGUACCUCAGACACGGCUCCAAGCCGCACCACUCUCCGGAACCAGACUGCUGUCACGAGCUCCUUGGUCACGUGCCUAUGUUAUCAGAUCCAAGUUUCGCGCAGUUUUCACAGGAAAUAGGCCUGCUGUCCCUGGGGGCUUCUGACGAAGACAUCGAGAAACUGGCCACGUGCUACUGGUUCACUGUGGAGUUUGGCCUGUGCAGACAGGACAACAAGCUGAAGGCCUAUGGUGCAGGACUUCUCUCCUCUUACGGGGAGCUGGAGUAUGCUUUGUCUGGCAAACCGGAAAUCAAGAACUUCGAACCGGAAGUGACGGCAGUGGAACCAUAUGAUGACGUCAACUACCAGGAUGUCUACUUUGUCUCUGACACCUUUGACAAGGCCAAGGAGCAGCUGAGAUCUUAUGCUUCAAGAAUACAGCGGCCGUUCGAAGUGACCUAUGACCCCUACACGCAGUCCGUCGAGGUUCUGGACUCUCGCGAGAAGAUCCAGCGUCUGUCCGAGAAGAUAAAGGGUGACGUCAGUCUGCUCAAUGCCGCCAUGAAGAAAAUCAUCAUCAACUAGGAAGAAGUUGCCUCUUGAUUUACAAACCACCACUACAGUAAACUACUGUCUACUUCAUCUCCAAGCAGAUCCUGCGGUAGCAUAAGAUUAGCAUAAGCAUAGU